AUGGUACCUCCACCCGAGGUUGCAUGCGCAGAACCCGAGACGCUGGCAAAGCCUGACAUAGAGCAUGCAUUCGUUGAGAAUGAUCCCCGGAAGUGGUCGACAGCACGAAAGACUACCAUCCUCAUAAUUAUAUCGGCCGCGUCGCUUAUUGCCGGGUUAGGAUCUAAUAUCUAUAACCCUUCCAUCCACGACAUAGAGGUUGCACUCCAUGCGACCAACAGUGAUAUCAGUUUAACCCUUUCUUUGUUCAUCUUAUUGCAAGGCGUUGUGCCCCUUCUAUGGAGCUCUAUAAGUGAGAUAAAGGGGAGGAAGGUUGUAUAUAUCACGUCGAUCACACUCUACACAGUUGGGUGCAUUUGUGUGGCGACCGCCAAGAACAUUAGCGUUGUCAUCGGGAUGCGUUGCCUUCAAGCUCUCGGCUCGAGUGCCGUCAUUGCCAUUGGGGCUGCUACUCUCGCAGAUAUCUAUGAACCGCAUGAACGAGGGACGAUGAUGGGCGUGUAUUAUACCGCGCCCCUCCUCGGUCCUUCCAUCGGCCCCAUACUUGGCGGUGGACUCACGCAAGGGUUCGACUGGCGUGCAAGCUUCUGGUUUCUAACCAUAUUUGGUGGGAUCAACCUGAUAUCAUUCUUGUUCUUUUUCCGUGAUACAUUCCGGCGCGAGCGAAGUUUGACGUAUCAGCUUGUAUUGAAAAAGCGGAUAAUGGAGAGAGAGGCGGCGAUGCUGGCUUCCAAAAGGUCUAGCCAGAUCACCGUAGUCACACCUGAAAAAGUCAAGAUGGAGAAGUCCAGUAAACAGGAAGAGAACAAGGGAGCUACGCCUGAUCCGACUGCUAAGGAUGUCGAGGCUCAAAAUAAUGCACCGGUACCGUCUUCCAUGAAGGAGAUCAAGCUGUCCUUUAUGGACAUCAACCCCAUUCCUCCGAUAAUACUCGUCCUUCGCCGAUGGAACAAUAUCGCCAUCCUCACUGCCUCCGGUCUCAUUUUUGCAUUCAGUUACUGCAUCUCCUACACAUGCUCGCGCAACUUGACUUCCAUAUACGGGUAUAAUGCCCUACAGAUCGGCCUGGUCCUUCUAGCUUACGGAAUCGGUGCCAUAUUUGGCAGCAUCCUCGGCGGUAAGUUUUCGGACUGGACAUUGGCCCGACUCAAGGCCAAGAAUGGUGGGCAGAGUUAUGCUGAAAUGCGUCUUGAGAGUACCAAAGCGACCAUGGUGAUCCUGCCUCUGGCCGUCGUCGCUUACGGAUGGCUCGUCGAAAAGCACGUUCAUAUUGCUGCAGUCUGCAUUGCCCUUUUCUUCUGCGGAUUCAGCUCGAUAUGGAUGUACUCGAGCACUCUGGCGUACAUCGUGGACGCCAACGUCGGACGCUCUUCAACGGCAGUCGCUUGCAACAGCAUGUUCCGUGGAGUAUUCGCUUUCGUCGCGACCGAGGUUGCCGUGCCUCUGGACAAUGCGAUCGGCGAAGGUGGCUUCUACUCGCUCUGGGCUGGUCUCAUGCUUGUCACCGAGGUGCUACUUCUCCUUGUAUGGUGGAAGGGUGGGCAGUGGCGGGAGAGCGCAGAAGCCCGUGAGAAGGCUGCGGCUAACCGUCGAUAA